GGCCACUCGAAGCACCAUGAGGCUUUUCCUAAAGUCGCCGGUCUUGGAGGCUACUUUCAAUUUGUCAACAGGAUCAGUACAAGAUUCGACCCAGCAGGGAGGACACAACAGGUCGAAGACCCUCCUCAACUGCGCAGUCCACAUUCUCGCACAUGGUGCCUAUUGAUCAUGGAUAGCUUGUGCUCCGAAAUCGAGCCUGCUAUUGAGGACACUGGCAUUCGAAGGCUAUCCGACGCAUCUAGACCACGAAUGACGCUAAGAAAUGAUGCAACAUGCUGAGGCAGAAGACCUUGGAGUCGGUUCCAGCACAUCGGUUUCCUGCACCUACAUACGAAAUGGUAAGAUACAAAUGUCUAUUGAACCGAGAAACCACUGCUCCAAACUUAUCGGCUACUCGAUCUUAGUAGGAUCAUGGGUGCCUGUGCGCCGUUGCGCGCCAUUUGACAAAUUUCGAUAUCACGGGCCAUGCUUGGCUAUGACGUUGUCCUACUACCAACGACGUCCAGCAAUCGUUUCAACACCGACCUGCAAUCAUUUCAUGCCUGCCAUCCAUCCAGUUGGCCACCUUUCCAGCCAGUUUUGCGACAUGCCUCAAGGUAUUUCCAACCUCAAAUUCCCUCAUGCUCCACAGCCUUAUCCCGUCUCAAAGUGUGAUAGUGUGAUGGGACAGGGGUGACAUCGGCGCAGAGGGCUCGAGCUUCAGGACCAUUAUCGUGAACUCAAAAUCCGAUAUCGGGCUU